UAAACAGCUACGUGUGUUUUGUGAAUAAGGCCUUCUUUCCGCUCUCCUGCCCUGACCUACACGUAGAAACUGUUGAAGAGACUAGUUGUACAGCUCAGACGUGAAAAUGAGUGACGUCAGACGAGUCGCCAUUAUUGGAGCUGGAGUGUCUGGAUUGGCUGCCCUCAAAUCCUGUCUGGAGGAAGGACUAGAACCGGUGUGUUUUGAGAGAUGCGGAGAAAUCGGCGGUAUGUGGAACGCGGACGACAACUCCUUUUCGACUUCGUCUCCAAAAACGUACCCUUCACUUGUAUCCAACACGAGUAAAAUGAUGACCUGUUUCAGCGACUUUCUUUUCUCUGAAGAAACUCCAGCGUAUAUGACUCAAAAAAUGAUUUACAACUAUCUAGUUAGAUACGUUGAUCAUUUUAAACUCCGGAACUACAUACAGUGCAAGACCGAAAUUCAGGAAGUCUCGAAAGCGCGAGAUUAUGACGAGACCGGAAACUGGGAACUCGCCAUUGAAGACAGCGAUGGAAAACGCCGUGUGGAGAUUUUCAAUGCCGUCAUGAUUUGCACGGGAAGUUUGAGAAAGCCUCGAUAUCCUGACAUAGAAGGAAUGAGAAGUUUUCAAGGAAAGAUCGAACAUGCCAUGGGCUUCAGAACAGGAGAAGUGUACAAGGGCAAAAAUGUUGUCGUAAUUGGAAAUUCGUUCUCAGCUGGAGACAUAUCUUGUGCUGCCGCAGGAUACGCAAAUCAGGUACAUAUCAGUGUUGGCCAGGGGUGCACUCUCAUAACAAGAUUUGACGAAAAUGGAUUUCCCCUGGAUAUGCAAAUGCUAAAACGCGAAUAUUUAUACAGUCCAACAUGGACGAUUCCAUUUUUUAAGAAGCAAGUCAUGAAAUGGUCGAGCCUUGCCAUAAAUCAUGACGUAGUCGGCAUGCACUCAAAUCGAGACAUCCUGUUUAGCGCCGUUAUGACCAAUGACGAAAUAGGUUUAAAAAUCAUGACGGGCAAGGUGAAGGUCGUGGGAAGAGUCCUCAAGAUGGUGAAGAGAAGCGUUCACAUCGAUGACGGGACCGUGGUGGAUGACGUAGACGUCGUGGUGUUUGCUACUGGAUACGAACGACAUCUUCCGUUUCUCGACAACAGUUUGGUGGAUUCGGCUCAAGCUAUAAAGGAUCAGAGAAACGAUUGGUACAAGUUAAUAUUUCCUGUACAUCUACGACACCCCACGUUGGCUAUGGUCGGCAUGGUAACUGCAGAGGGACCCAACCUACCGAUCUUUGAGAUGCAGUCGAGAUUUGCUGCCAGGGUGUUCUGCGGCAAACUCAAACUUCCAGAAAAGUGUGACAUGCUGAAGGACAUAGACAAGUGGAACUCGGACUUCAAACUGAAAUUUUCCUUUUACAAGCACCAGGUUCCGUUUAUUCGAUACAUGGAUGAAGUAUCAGCCGAGUUGGGCGUUAAACCUGACUUCUGGAAGUUGAUCUGGCGAGACCCACGACUUGCGUACUUGUGCACAUUUGGCCCCGCCUCCCCGGUUCAAUACCGACUACUUGGACCCCACAGCAAUGCCGAGGCUGUCAAUCACUGCUACGCCAUCUACAAGAACACGUUUUCUGGUGUCAGACACAGAAGAGUUCCACCACGAAAACCCAUCACCUUGCUUCCUACUCACAUACAAAUUCUGAUCGCUGCUGUGUUUGUAGGCGUUCUGUAUUGUAUUUGGCUAACAUAUUUCUUGUAACUAUGGUUAGGGAAAAACUGUUACCCCAGAGAUCUGUCAUAUUUUUUUACAAUUUAUUUAUUACGUAGUGGCACUGUGACAUUUCACAAUAUAGAAAAUCCGUAAUAUAUUAUUAUACAAAUGCAUCCACGCGCACACAUGCAUACAAUACUCAACCCAAAAACACGCACAUACACACAUGCACACACAGAGAUAAACAAACACGCGAAACACACGCACAUGCAUAGACAUACACACGCAAACAACACAAACACGCAUACAUGCACACACAUGUACACACGAAACAAAUUCAAAUUCUUCAUUACUUUCAGUUUUUACAACUUAUCAGCAUUACACAAACAUAAAUAUAAAAUACAUACUGUACAGGAUAAUGGUGGAGAGUGAUUUACCUUAUUGAAUACAUAAUAAUAUAUAUACUUACAUGGAUGCCUGGAU